CUCAUCUUCAUCGGAGGCAUCGAAGAGACCCACUCGUGUCGCGUGGACCGGGAGGAAGGAACCGCGCCCGAUCACCCCGCCGCGCUGAGGCAGCAGAACCCAUCCCCGGGGGGGUAAAACGAUCUCUGUGCCCUCACAAAAAAAACUCCCAUGUUUCCUGAGGUUUUACUGCAGUGGUGCGCAGCGCUGUCGAGCUGUGCGGCCCAAAUAGCAGAGAAGAGGAGGCGGCAGGGAAAAUUCCAGCCCUUCCGACGUCUAUUUGGGAAGAAGAAGAAGCGCGAGGCCAAGGGGGGCUUCGAUGGAGCGCAGCUAAAGGCCAGUUUUUCCACGGGGGAAGUGUGCAAUGGAGUCGUAUCUGAUGAGGAGGAGCUCAAUCAAAGUCUAAGGGAACUGAAUCCCAUUGGAUCGCGAGCCCUCUCGCACGACAGCAUCUUCAUCCCGGAGGAGUCCGUGCAGGAGGACGGCCCGGAUCACGUCACCAUGUCCCAGGAGAACGUCUCGGAUAAAGUAAAAAAUCUGCAGAAGCAGAUUGCGCAGACUAUAAAAUUUGGCCAGAAGCCCCCCUCUCUGAGAAGAAGUGAAGGGGAUGAAGGAAGUUCAGAUGAGGAGGAGGAGGUACCUCGCAGCCCUCUGAGGGUGAUGGCACAAGUAGAGACUGAACCGGCCAAACAAGAGCCAAUGGUAACUCCUCAAGCAAGACAACACGGUACCCCAGUCAAGUCCCCCAGGUCCAAAAGAGUUCUCCCGCCCAGUGGCACCAUAGAGUCCGUCAACCUUGACGCUGUUCCACAUUCUGUUCCUCUCCUGGACAACACUGCGGCCAAGCAUAGGCUGUCUGUCAAACCCAAGAAUCAGAGGGUUUCACGCAAGCACAGACGCUUUACACAAGACCUCCAAGAAGUGUCCAUUCCUGGCUUGGUAGAGGAGGAACUGGAAGCAGCAGGUGUCUCCGCAGAUCAUCAACGCAGAUCUUCUGUGGAAGAAUCCACCGAAACCCUGAAGAAACACAAAGUGAUGGAUGAAGAAAGACUGCAAGCGAAGAGGAGGAGAGAGCUGGAGGACGAAGAGAGGAGAAAGAGAGCAGAGCAGCUGAGGCUCGAGGAGGAAAGGCGUCGAAAACAACAGCAGCAUGAGGAGGAAGAACUGAGGAGGCUUCAGGAGGAAGCUCAGAGGAGGAGAGAGGAAGAGGAGAGAAGGAUGAGAAAGGAAGAAGAGCGCAGGCAGCGAGAGGAGGAAGAACUGAGGAGGCUUCAGGAAGAGUCUCAGAGGAGGAGAGAGGAAGAGGAGAGAAGGAUGAGAAAGGAAGAAGAGCGCAGGCACCGAGAAGAGGAAGAACUGAGGAGGCUUCAGGAGGAGUCUCAGAGGAGGAGAGAGGAAGAGGAGAGAAGGAUGAGAAAGGAAGAAGAGCGCAGGCAGCGAGAGGAGGAGGAAGUGAGGAGACUGCAGGAGGAGAAAAUAUGGAAGGAGGAAGAGGAGAGGAAGAGGCGGCAGGAAGAGGAGGAGGCGAGAAGGCAGAAAGAGAUGGAUACUGAGCGGGUUCGUUUGGAGAAGCUGAGGGAGGAAAAAGAAAAGAUGAAGAAAAAGAAAGAGGCUGAGAAGAAACGGUUACGGGAGAUUGAAGAAAAACAAAAAGAGGAGCAGAAGAGGAUGGCAGAGGAAGACUUGGAUGGGUUCUCCGAUCCUCAGGAGAAGAAGAGGAGAGCCGAGGAGCUUCGCUGGAGAGAGAUGGAGGAGCGACAGAGGCCUUUCUCUUUCCAGGUUUCCUCUGGAGAAAAAGAAAUCCUCUUCCAAAAGGUCAACUUAACGCCUGUCACUUCAGCCGCCAGCGCCCAUGUUGGCACUGGAGGUGGUCUAAACGAAGGCACUAAGUCCUCUAUUGCACUAGGCUCGCCCAUCCGGCAAAGCUCUCCAUAUGUACCCCACACCGCUAUUCUGGUGACGGGGGCGCAGCUAUGCGGGACGGCUGUCAAUCUGGACCAGAUCAAGGACACCGCCUGCAAAUCUCUACUGGGUCUCGGCGAGGACAGAAAGGCCCAAGGAACACCACCACCCACCAAAAGCAAGAUGUCACCGGAACGCAAGUCAGGCAAGACGAAAUCCCUCACCGAUUCCACAUUGUUUACCGACCUGUCAGGGGCUGGCGUCUUGGCGGAGUGGGCAACCAUCAGAUCCAAAAUAUUCAAGGGUGUGGAGGAGAGCAAGUGCGACGAGUACCUGGAACCCAGCAGGAACCAACAUGAAGUCAGCCACGAGGAUGAGCAUGAGUUCGCCCACUCACACCUGAGAAAAACCAUGUCUGCCAGCGCCAAGUUCUCCAUUACCCCAGCAAAGAAGAAGUUUGGAGAUUCCAACAGGAGCUCUGAGUGUUUCAGUGCAGAUGAUAAAGUCACAGGAGAGGAACCGAUGUCGUCUGACGCGUCUGCUUCAGCCUCUCCGGCCACAAGCCGUAAACCUCAGAACAGGAUGAGUAAGACUGUACGCAUCUCAGAAAGAGGGUCUGAAGAAUGUGUGUUUGCCAAAGACCUCCCCUCCUUCCUUGUUCCCAGUCCAGGCGCAAAACCUGAGGGUCUGGAAUCCAGGAGUAGGGAUAGUAGUGUGUCUGCAGAGUCUGAAAGCAGACUGGAGGACGAUGGGCAGAGUCUGGACAGCGAGGACAAGCCUUCACCGUUUGGCAUAAAGCUAAGGAGGACUAACUACUCGCUUCGAUUCCACAGCGAACAGUCCAUGGAGAAAAGGAAGAAGCGCUACAGUGCAGGAGACAGUUUUGAUGGCGUCCCUUCACCUCUGACCCCCAUGGAGCCGGACUCUGACGCCUCCCCUGUCUUCUCUGACAAGGCUAGUCCAGCCUCGCCUCAGACAGAAGGCGGUUUGGGGAAAUACUCGCUUGCAUCAGCCUCCCCUGUCAUGCCUUGGGCCGGGUCGGGAAAGUCCCCCUGCCCGACGCCACACUGUGAAGAUGACGGUGUGCCCUCCAAGCAGUCGCUCUACCGGAGACUCCCUACGUCGCCAAAACCUACCGACGGAGUUCCGACGCCUCCUCCGUCGCCGUUACCUAAAGUGGCUCUCAGCGCCACUGUGGUGCAAUCGGCCAACCAGAAUCAGACGUCAGCGGUGGCCCAGUUGCAGCGGAGCGGCCAAAGCCAGAUGCAAGGAGAGGAGGAGCCAAAGGAGAAGAGAUCCUUCUUUCCUUCCAUCAACAUUCCUUGGAGGGAAAAGACGGACAGGAAAACAGAACUCAUCAAGAGAGACAAGCCAUCACUACAGAGCAGGCAUUCGCUUGAUAGCGCCAAACUGCAGGAGAAGGAGGCGGGUCCCUUGUGGAUCACUCUGGCGCUGCAGAAGCAGAAGGGCUUCAGGGAGCAGCAGCAUAACCGUGACGAGCGCCGCAGCCAACGGGAAGCCAAGUUGGCUGAAAAACAAUCCAGAGAGAGCGUGGUCUUGUCGAGCCCCACGGACAGCAAAGGAAGCGGUAGCGGCAGUCCAGGUUCUAAAGCGCAGACGCCGGAGGAGUCCAAGAGACCCGACAGCCUCCUGGGACGAUUUGAGCGCCGGGAACAGCUGAAAAAAGCCAACACUCUGCCCAGCUCGGUCACUGUCGAAAUCGCAGACUCCACGCCAUCGCCACCCGCUGUCAAAGACGUGUCCAAGCGCUUCCCCUCCAUCGACUCGCCGCAGGUGUCCACGGAGCCGGCCUGGCUGGCCUUGGCCAAGCGAAAGGCCAAAGCCUGGAGCGACUGUCCUCAGAUCAUCAAGUAAAACACACGCUCCCACGCACGCACACACCAGCCUGGCACCGACCGGGCUCUGCAUGGAGACGACACUAACUGCACAACAACAACAUGGAACAAUCCAUUCCCUACUUUUGUGAAGCUGCACUGGCCACGUUCAAGUAUACAAAGCCACUAUAAUUAAGCAGAAAAGUUGCGAGCAUGCGACGGACAUCCUAACCCAGAAUCAAAACACCAUGGAAGACGCCUGCAAGAGCCAAUUUUUAUUUCCAGUUACUUUGUAGCCAACCGCAUCACCGGGAUUGUAAAUACUUCACCAACUACAAUGCGAGAAAGGUGAGGCUCGUUCCAAAAGGCGAGCGUGUCUUCAUAAGGGCUAGCAGCAAACAACGGGAUCUUCAUCGGUACGCUUUGUCCAAAUCCAAAGGGAAGCGCCGUUGUUACGGCGUUGUUUCUACCAGAAAGGAGCCGUUUGAAAUGUUUCACUGUAUCCGUGACGACUGUGACGACACCAGCUGCCGCGGUGACACGGAAGAACCGGAUGUGGGAUUUUUUUGGGGGGAGGGGGGAGGGCGGUUCUCGCUAAGCUUCCGGUCUCACUUCCCGCUUGCUGUGAAUGUGGAUAGUCCUCUUUUGUCAGCCAUCGCUUCCCUGCUGGGACGUGUGGUCAGGCGAGGCAGGUGAGGCAGAUAAAUAAAUACAAAUGCAAAUACGUUAAAUAACUUAUUGUAUUUUUGCGGACUAAAUUUUGGCAGCCACUGAAUUUUAGAAGUUUUCAUAUAUUAGCUGCACCAGACUAUAAGUCACAGAUAUACACUACAUUGCCAAGCCCAACUCCUAAAAAACAACCCCACACCAUAAUUCCUCCUCCACCAAAUUUCGUACUCGGCACAAUGCACUUUGAAAUGUAGCGUUCUCUCCCACCUCCAAACCCAGACUAGUCCAUCAGAAUGCCAGAUGGGAAAGCGUGAUUCAUCAGUCCAGAGAAGGCAUCUCCACUGUUCUAGAGUCCAGUGGCGACUUGCUUAACAGCACUGCAUCCCACGCUUUGCAUUGGACUUGGUGAUGUGUGGCUUAGAUACAGCUGCUCGGCCAUGGAAACCCAUUCCAUGAAGCUCUCUGCGUACUGUACGUGGGCUAAUUGGAAGGUCACAUGACGUUUGGAGCUCUGUAGCAACUGACUGUGCAGAAAGUCUUUGCACUAUGCGCUUCAGCAUCCGCUGACCCCUCUCUGUGGCCUACCACUUUGUGGCUGAGUUGCUGUUGUUCCCAAAUUCUUCCAUUUUCUUAUGAUACAGCCGACAGUUGACUUUGGAAUAUUUAGGAGCGAGGAAAUUUCACAACUGGAUUUGUUGCACAGGUGGCAUCCUAUGACAGUUCCACGCUGGAAAUCACUGAGAGCGACCCAUUCUUUCACAAAUGUUUGUAGAAACAAUCUCCAUGCCUAAGUGCUUGGUUUUAUACACCUGUGGCCGGGCCAAGUCAUUAGGACACCUGAUUCUAACCAUUUGGAUGGGUGGCCAAAUACUUUUGGCAAUAUAGUGUAUAUACCGGUGCAUUUAGAAAUGAAAGAUUUAUUUACAUACUUUAAUUAGUUCCAAACGGUGUCCGUUACACGACUGAUCAAACAAAACAAAAAGUCGUUAAUGUCUUUAUUCAUCCUUUAUGAGGUGAAGAAAAUGUUCUCCUUUUUCAAGAAGCUUCCAGAUUUUUAUCAGGAUUCUUCCUGGACUUUGUAAACACUUUGAGUUUGAACAGUUUCUUCAAUUGGAUCAUGUUAUCAUUCUUUGCUUAAUCCAUGCCGUAAUUUAGCCGUUGUAGUAUUCUGAGUCACCACACUGCUAGUCACUAUGAAUUGGGGUGGCUAUUCUGAGUCACCACACUGCUAGUCACUAUGAAUUGGUGUGUCUAUUAUUAGUCACCACACUGCUAGUCACUAUGAAUUGGGGUGGCUAUUCUAAGUCACCACACUGCUAGUAACUAUGAAUCGGGGUGGCUAUUCCAAGUCACCACACUGCUAGUCACUAUGAAUUGGGGUGGCUAUUCUAAGUCACCACACUGCCAGUCACUAUGAAUAGGGGUGGCUAUUAUUAGUCACCACACUGCUAGUCACUAUGAAUUGGGGUGGUUAUUCUGAGUCACCACACUGCUAGUCACAAUGAAUAGGGGUGGCUAUUAUUAGUCACCACACUGCUAGUCACUAUGAAUUGGGGUGGCUAUUCUGAGUCACCACACUGCUUGUCACUAUGAAUUGGGGUGGUUAUUCUGAGUCACCACACUGCUAGUCAAGAUGAAUUGGGGUGGCUAUUCCGAGUCACCACACUGCUAGUCACUAUGAAUUGGGGUGGCUAUUCUGAGUCGAGAAUCGUGUUGAAUUGAAAAAAAAUCGAUUUUGAAUCAAAUCGUGACCCCAAGAAUCGAUAUCGAAUCGAAUCGUGGGACACCCAAAGAUUCACAGCCCUAAUAUAUAUAUA